CCCAGCUGUGUUUUCACGCAGUGGCUGCUGGUUUGAUGCAGAAUGCCGGCAGGCAGGAGAGGACGCGACAGGACGCAGCUUCAUCUGCUGCUCCUCUUCCUCAGUGUGCUACAAACACAUGGAUACAUUCUAAUCCCUCCUGAUUACAAAUAUAAUGACCUGAAACAAGCUCCGAAGAUCAUGGCUCAGCCCGUGUCUCACACCGCUUUCUCUCUGGACGAUGUCAAUCUGGCCUGUGAAGCGGAUGGGGACCCGACACCCAGUUUCCGCUGGGUCAAAGACGGCAAACAGUUUAGGGAUGUUCUGCUUGAGUCUGGAACCCUGACAGCAGAUGACAAAGAGGAACUGCGAUUCUAUCAGGGCUCGUACCGUUGCUACGUGGCCAAUGAGCUGGGAACCGCCGUCUCAGACCUGGUGCACCUGAUCACAGAGCCCAUCCCAACCUUGGCCAAAGAGAAGAGGCAGAAAAAAAGAUCAUUUGAGGAGGGACAAAGCGCAGUCCUCUACUGUAACCCUCCCAAGAGUUCUGUCGCUCCCAAAAUACACUGGAUGGAUAUGCAGUUGCGCCACAUCCCUUUGAAUGAGCGGGUGACGACCAGCCUUGAUGGAAAUCUGUACUUCGCCAACUUACUAGUCAGCGACAGCAGAGAAGAUUACACCUGCAAUGCCUACUACAUCAACGCCAGCGUCAUCCUACCUAAAGAUCCCAUCGCCAUCAGCGUCACACCCUCAAAUUCUGUGGUGAAGAAUCGACAGCCCAAGCUGCAAAAGCCAGCGGGAUCCCACAGUUCCUAUCUGGUGCUCAGGGGCCAAACGCUGACUCUAGAGUGCAUCCCAGAAGGCCUACCGACUCCAGAAGUGCACUGGGAGAGGAUGGACAGCGCUCUCUCGCCCACCCGUGCCAAGAAGCUGAACCACGACCGCUGGCUUCAGAUCAAGAGCGUGUCGGAGGCGGACGAUGGCGACUACACGUGCACCGCCCAAAACAGCCAGGGCUCCGUUAAACAUCACUACGCCGUCUCAGUAGAGGCCGCUCCUUACUGGACCAAGUGGCCUGAAGACCACCUGUACGCCCCAGGAGAGACUGUGAGACUGGACUGUCAGGCUGAAGGGAUCCCCACCCCAAAUAUCACGUGGAGCAUCAACGGUGUUCCUAUCGCAGGGACGGAUUUGGACCCGAGACGUCACGUGAGUUCUGGCACGCUGAUCCUGACCGAUGUUCAGUACAGCGAUACGGCGAUCUAUCAGUGCGAGGCCACCAAUAAACACGGCAAUAUCCUGGUCAACACACGCGUCCAUGUAGCUGAACUGCCUCCUCAGAUCCUGACGGAGGAUGGGAUCGUGUACAAGGCCACAGAAGGGCAAACGGCUGUGCUGCAGUGCAGAACGUUUGGCUCCCCUCAACCCAAAGUGGAGUGGAAGAUUUCAGACUCUGAUUCAGUUCUGGCUAACGCUAGAAUGUCUCAGACGGCCGAUGGAAAUCUUAAGAUCAGUAACGUGAGUGAAGAAGACACCAACAUUUACACAUGCUCGGUGAAGGGCAGCAACAACAGCAUCAGUGCUGAGCUGGAGGUCUUGAACAGAACUAAGAUUGUGGGCCCUCCCCAGGAUCUGCAGGUUUUACGUGGAAAUGAUGCUGUUUUGCAGUGCAAAUUCACAGUGGACCACAAGUUGAAGCAACCCACGAUUCAGUGGAAGAAGGACAAGCAGAAGAUCAGAUCAUCUGCUUACGAUGACAAAUACACUGACUACCCAGACGGCUCUCUAAAGAUCACUGAUGCGCAAAUAGAGGACACGGGAAUCUACAGCUGUGAGAUCAGCACUAAACUCGACUCGGUCGGCGCCACCGGCUCCAUUACCGUACAGGAUAAACCCGAUUCUCCUCAGUCUCUGGAGUUGUCUGAAAAGGAGCAGCGUAGUGUCACGCUGUCCUGGAUGCCAGGCCCUGAAAACAACAGUCCUGUAUCUGAGUAUGUCAUUGAGAUGAAAGAGGAGCAGAUUCCAGAAAAAGGCCAGUGGGAGGAGUACAGUAGAGUUCCUCAAGACAUCAGACGCCUGCAGAUCCAUCUGCAGCCAUACAGCACGUACCGCUUCCAGGUCAGGGCUGUUAAUGACAUAGGAACCAGCGGGCCCAGUCCUCCCUCAGAGUCACACACCACCGCACCGGCCAAACCUGACGUGAACCCAGAGAAUGUGUCGACGGUGUCUACUGAUCCACACAGUUUGGUCAUCACGUGGAAGGAACUGGAGCGACGGCAGUUUAACGGUCCUGGUUUUAAGUACAAAGUCUACUGGCGUCAAGCUUCACACAGGGAUUCAGUUUGGAAGGAAAGCAGCGUCUCCAAUCCUCCGUUCGUCGUGAACGAGACGGGGACCUUCGUGCCCUUUGAGAUUAAAGUUCAGGCGCUCAACGAGCUUGGUGCAGGACCAGAACCAGAUGCUGAGAUCGGCCACUCGGGAGAAGACAUACCUCUGGAAGCUCCUUCAGAGGUGAGAGUGACCGAGCUGAACAAAACCGCCGUCAUGGUAAGAUGGAGUCCAGUCAGCACGGAAUCUGUCCGCGGACACUUGCUAGGCUACAAGAUCCAUCUGAGAAAGAAAGACCCCAGAACUCAACGAAGUACAGAGUACUCGAACAAGAACAGAGUGAUCGAGGUUCACGGAAAUAAGGUGGAGGCGGUCGUGAGCGACUUGCAGUUUUACUCGACCUAUACUCUGACAAUUGCACCGUUCAACAGCAGAGGUGAAGGUCCGCAUUCUGAGGUGUAUCACUUUACCACUCCAGAGGGCCCUCCUGGACCAAUUUCGUUGUUGACCUUUGACAGCCCAUCUGAGACAGAGAUCACCCUGUUCUGGGAAGCUCCAGACAAACCCAACGGAGUGCUCACAGGCUACCUGCUACAGCACCACGAAAUUGAGCCUGGAAUUUCGAGCCCUCAACAGGUGGAAUCCAUCGAUCUGCCUCUCGUCACUAAGUUCACACUGAAGGGUCUGAAUCCUCAGAGUCUAUACCGCUUCGAACUUCGAGCACGCAACGCUGCUGGUGAUGGGGAGCCUAUAGUAACGGAGGCCGCCACCUUGCUGAAUGGAGAACCGCCAUCUGUGAUCAACAUAACUUCCGGACAAACAUCGGUUAACUUCACUUGGGUGCCGGGAGAAAGACAGCGUAACUGUGCCUUUAGAUUCCGUUACCUGAAGAAAAGCGCGGGCAGUGAAUGGGAAGAGUCGGAGAAGGUCAACUCUACGCAGGCGUUCUAUCAGCUGCAGGGUCUGACACCGGGCGUUCAUUACCACCUGCAAAUCCUGCCCGGAAACAGCUCCUGGCAUUUCGAAACGGCCGGACCAGAGCUGCACGAGUUGCCCAGUAGCUUUGCGACCCAGGGCUGGUUCAUCGGACUCAUCAGCGCCAUUGUUCUGCUGCUGCUGGUGCUGCUCAUUCUGUGCUACAUCAAGAAGAGCAAAGGAGGGAAGUAUUCAGUGAAAGAUAAAGAGGAGGAUCAGGUCAACGCUGGGGCCCGCCCGAUGAAAGAGGAUGCGUUUGGCGAGUACAGGUCUCUGGAGAGCGAUAACGAGAAGUGCUCCAUCAGUCAGCAGUCCGUCUGCGAGAGCAAACGCAGCAGCAACGACAGCCUAGCCGACUACGGAGACAGCGUCGACAUCCAGUUUAACGAGGACGGCUCCUUCAUCGGCCAGUACAGCGGACGCAGAGAUCCGAGCGGCCACGGCGCUCACGGCAGCUCGGGCGCCGCGUCUCCCGUCAAUCCCAACAUGCCUCCACCCAGCAUCAGCUUUCCCACGUCUGUGACAGGAUUUCUGGGGCCAAAUUAGCACCGAUUGAAUGAGGGGCCCUGAUGGUAUUAGACGGGAUAUUGAUUUCAGGACAGACAGUCAAUUACUGAACGACGCAAGAAACACCGCCGGCUUCACUCUCGCGCACUAACGACACACACGCAUCCGACAGACACGAAUAACGUGCGGGACAGUUGCUUAUAACAUUCCAUCCGAAAACCGUUUACAAUGCUCACCUCGCUGCUUCAAGUGACGUUUGGACUGUAAUUCUCCCUCGCUGGUAGUGUUUUCAGUUCUCUUGCUGAAUUCCUGUAAAAUAAGGUGUGAUAGACUACAGACGCAAGCGGGGAAAAGGCAUUAGAAACAGCUGUUUGAGAGUGUAGGGCUGACUUACUGUAGGCCUUGUUCACGUGGCACACAAUCCGACUUGUUUUGAGGACGGGAUCCGUAGGAGUGACAGCCUGCGCUGAUUUUUACAGUCAGUAGAACUGAAGCUGACCGAUUAGACGGUGUAGUCAGUCUGUAAUAACGUACAGCAGACGUCAGAAUGAUGCUCUCUAACAUGUUGACAAGACACAUGAAACCACUAUUUACCACAUAGGAAAUGGGACAGAGCUCACUAUUAAGUAAACGAGUGACUGAAAAACUAGUGAAUUUGAACACUGCACACUUUCCUACACAAACAAACGACAGUCCAGACUAAGAUGCAUCUCCAGAAAUCACAUGAACGAAUUGGAUUUUUUUUGAAACCGUUCAGACUAAAGAUGCACACCAAAACAAACCGAUUGUGCUGCCUCUCUGAACAAUGCCUUAAGUAGAAUACAUCAGCUGAAAUCACUGCAGUCAACAGAAGUCAGGUCUUAAAGGCUGAAAAGCAAGAUUCUUUUUUAAUAUUUGUUAUGAUUUGAAAUCAUUCUUUUCCCACUCACGAUUACGAAACGUUACCGUUAUUUUAAGUAUUGCUUUUGUAUUAUUCUUAUACAUGUUCUUACAUUUUUUUUAAUAUAUGAUAUACGUGUAUAUACAUCAUAUAUUUUGUUUCAUAAAGGCUAAUAUAUUUGGUUUAUAUCAUCAUUUUUUUUAUUUGUUUAUUAUUAUUUCAUUUUUUGCUUGUGAUGCGUUUAUCUUUUGUAAUACAGUAUGUAUGAAGAUUAUUACUCUGCCAUGUGUGUCUCUCUGUCUCAAUAAUCAAAAGUUCAGGGCUUUUAUCCGUGUAUCAUUUGUACUGUCGCCCGAGUGUGUUUCCCAAGUAAGUUUUUAAAAUAAUGGUGUUUUUGAUGCAAUUUAUUACGUUAAAUCCCUUUGAAGUACAUACAGCCGCUGCACUAAAGCCAAAUUUUGUGAUCUUGACACUAACAUAUAUUUUUAAAAGAAAAAAAACAAUGACAAAAAAAAGUAUGUAUCAGCUAGAAUUGAUUUCCUGCAGCAAAUAACAGCAUGAGAUGUAGUGCUAGGCUAGUCGAUGUAGUGUGAGGCCGUGCCUGUUGUUCUGCUGUAACGCUGAGGCCAAACCGCGUCAGAGUCGGAGAACGUCUGUGUCAUCAGUCUGUCAGCUUGCAAAUAUUAAUAACACUCGAAUGUUGCUAAUUAUGUACAGUGAAUUAUUACUAACAAUAACAGUCAUACAGUAUAAUGCAU